GUAGCCACGCCCACAGACCGUCUCCAGCCCACAGAGCGGAGUCUCGGUAAGCUUGCCCAGAAAACAGAGCGAAGCCCCGCCCUACCCACAUGUCUGAGUCCCCGCCCACCGACGGUAACCCCGCCCACAGAACCCAGCCUUCCGCACCCAGCCUGGUCGCCUAAACCCACCGAAGCUCCUGCCUCUGGGGAAGUUCCGUCCCGUUAAAGUCCCUUGCCCUAGGCUGGGUUGCCAAGGUCUUCUCGGCUCAGCAGAGUUGGAGGCGUUUGAGACUGAGGCAAGUCUCGACUUUCUGGGAAAUACCAGAGAAGUGAUGCUGGAAUAUUCUCAGUGUGUCCUAUCAGGUCAAAUUCCUAGAAAUAUCUGGAGGGUAAGAACCACUAAGUGAAAAGGGAUGCUUAACUCUGCAGUGAAGGAAAAGUGACUCCCUUCAAGAGCAACCUUGUUGUGUGAAGCUCCUACUAAGAAUUAAUUGAACAUCUAUGUUGUGAUAACUACAAUGAAAAAUACUGAGAGCUAUAAGCCACAUCUUCCUCUGCCUUCCACCCCGAGGGACCAUGUCGAGGAUCAGCUGGGGAUACGGCGAAGACAACGGUCCUAUUCAUUGGAAUGAAUUUUUUCCUAUUGCUGAUGGAGAUCAGCAAUCUCCAAUUGAAAUUAAAACCAAAGAAGUGAAAUACGACUCUUCCCUCAGAUCUCUUAUCAUCAAGUAUGACCCAAGCUCUGCUAAAAUCAUCAGCAACAGUGGCCAUUCCUUCAGUGUUGACUUUGAUGACACAGAGGACAAAUCAGUUCUGCGAGGGGGUCCCCUCACUGGCAGCUACAGGCUACGACAGUUUCACCUUCACUGGGGAUCUGCAGACGAUCACGGCUCUGAGCAUGUGGUAGACGGAAUGCAGUACGCUGCGGAGCUCCAUGUUGUUCACUGGAAUUCUGACAAAUACCCCAGCUUUGUUGAGGCAGCUCAUGAGCCAGAUGGACUAGCUGUUGUGGGAGUAUUUUUACAGAUUGGUGAGCAUAAUUCACAACUGCAAAAGAUUACUGACGUUUUGGAUUCCAUUAAAGAAAAGGGUAAGCAAAUGCGAUUCACGAAUUUUGACCCAUUAUCUCUACUUCCUCCGUCCUGGGACUACUGGACAUAUCCUGGUUCCCUCACAGUCCCACCUCUUCUUGAGAGUGUCACAUGGAUCAUUUUAAAACAGCCUAUAAAUAUCAGCUCUCAACAGCUGGCCAAGUUCCGCAGCCUCCUGUGUACAGCCGAGGGUGAGGCAGCAGCUUUUUUGUUGAGCAAUCACCGGCCACCACAGCCUCUGAAGGGCCGCAAAGUGAGAGCCUCUUUCUGUUAAAGGCUGUCGUCAGUGGACCACUGCAAACACGCGUGCAGAGAAGCACCAAAAAGAAACUAAAAGACAAAACUCUCUACUAAUUCUUUCCUAGAACCUUGAUUUUUGGAUACCUUUUUGCUAUCAGCUUCAACAUCAUGAAGAAAACCAGAUCUCUUUAAUCAAACUAACUGAACUCAUCUGUCUCUGAUUUGCACUCAUAGGUAUUCAAGUAAUAUGCAUUGUUCGACAUCAAAACCCAUGAAAUACCUCUACUCAAACUGUGUGAAAACAUGCCAGGCAUUGCAAGCCUCAGCAUGAAUUAAAAAUUUUACCAUGCCAAAGAGGCCAAACCAGUCAUGCCUUCCAGUGAUAUUUGACUAAAAAUUUAAUUUUAUUUCCCAAAUUUUAGAAAUGUGAUACUCUUUUCUAAACAAUUGAUUCUGCUUAAUGUUUUGGUACUAUUCUGAGUCAUAAAAAGUAGAUAAUAUUUCAUUUUGAAGUGAUUUUUUGGGUAUUAUUGUAUUUCUGAUUUGAAUUGUAUGAUGCCUUAAUAAUAAGAACAAUUUGAGAAUCAGAGGGCUGUGAGGGGUGGGAUACAGCUAUUUAAUGGGUCUCCUCCACAGUUCCCAGAUAAACUAUACAAUGUAUGUUGAGGUAUUCCUCAGGAUGGAUAUAAAUGGCUGUGUACACUUUAACAAGUGAUACCGUGUAUUCUAUUUCUUUAAUAGGUUAAUGAUGAAAUGUUUGAUAAUUGACAAUAUGCAGGCUAUCAGAUGACACGGGCCCAGCCCAGGGAGAGCUGUCCUCGGGCCUGAUGCCUGGGUUACCUGCCUCUGUUUUCGCAGCAGAGCAGGAAGAAAUCCCGUAGAGGUCAUUGUUCUGCCAAUUGGUGGGAAACAUUAUUUGAAUCUCAUAUAAAUGCACAAUUAGAACAUAAACCCUUCCACCCAUCCUGACAUCAGAGCCUGUCUCCCCUUUCACACUUGUCCCUCAGUCUCUUAAGUAAUUUUAAAUGAUAAAGCCAGAUAGUCAUUUUAACCUAUUACCUCUUUAUAUAUAAUAUUUUUGUUUCUUUUAGGUGAAAGAGGAUAGGAUGGGGAGUCCUUUUGCCCCUUCUGGUAUAAAUGAGUGACACUAAGCACUGACUUAAUUUCCCAUUAGCCGCAUUUAAGACUUGAAUACAUGCUAUACCUCUGGUGAUUUGCUUCAGACAGUUCUCCUCCUCUGGAUGUAGAUUUUAAUAACUGAAAUUAUUCUGUAAUAUUUUCUGGGGAGAAUAACUGAGUAUCAGUAAAUUGUGUAAUAAUGAUAAAUACUGUUGCAUAACGUGCUUUUGGGGAGUAAAGCUGCUUAUCUUGGUCAUUUUUGCUUUCCUCUCACAGGGACUAGUCUGAGGACUUGCAGGUAAAUAUUUGAUGAAUUGAAUAUUUUUGUUUAAUUUUAUUUGAUGUCUUUGAUAAUUUUCUCUCUGCUUGAGAUCAGAUACACUGUAGGUUAGUACGAAAAGUAAAAUGUAGGUUGUCAUCUCUUGAAAAUAGUUUCUUUUUAAAGGAAUACUUAUUAAACUCAACUUGUAUAACCAGAAGCUCUAAGGGUUUUAAAAAUAUCAAUUUUGAGUAGAAAGAUGUUUCUUUAGUUUGAAAAGACAUGUUGUGAGGUAUCUUAGAGAAAGAACCCUGUUCUCUUGGCAAAUGUAAAUUGCUAUAGCUGGAGGGGCGUGUAAAAUGGUAAUUUUAAUUACCAUGUAUGUGAGUUGCCACUUUGUAACCUAUGGUUUGGCUACAGUAUUGGAUCUGUUCUAUACUACAAAUUGCACAUUAGUAGACUGAAAAAGUUGACACAGAACUGAUUUCCUUUAAAAUUGUCUGCUAAUUUAUGUAUCUUUUAGAGACAAAAAGAUUGUGUUAAAAUUGUUGUAUUGUCUCUCUUUUAAAAAAUUAAAGGGUUGUAAAUACUUGUAUGGCUCUCUUUUGCU